AAUUCACUUUUAGAAGAGUUUAAGACAAAAUGGCUGAAGCUGUAAAUGUUGCAAAAGCUAGUAAAAUGGAACCUGCUUGGCCGGCCUUCAGGCCUACCAAGCCAGAUCCGGUUCUAGGAAAAAAGGAGAUGUCACCUGAACAAAGUUUGAUUGAAUUUAUAUCAACCUCAGCUUCUCUUCAUGGUGUCAAGAAAAUGUCUCUCCGAAACCUGGAAUGGGAUCUUCUCAAGGUGUUUCCUUACAACAUCAUGCCUGCUAAUGCAGCAGCCUGGUAUAUGGCUAAACGUAAGUUCUACGCUGAUCAGCCAGCUGACCAGCAGCUUCUGCCCUACCUUCUCAACAAGUAUCCUGAGAAGUUUCAUAUAUCCAAGCAACAGGUUGAAUUUCUUGAGGUUUACUCUAAAGAGACUGCUAAGCGUAAACUGAAUUAUCUUGUUCAGUUUGGAUUAGAUGCAUAUUUCACCCACAAGGUUGAUGAGUUUGGAGUGUAUUUCUUUGAUCCUACAUACUAUGAAGUCACUGAACCUUUCCAUGAGUCAAUCAGACUUUGUGUGCCAGGAGUCAGAUCCAGAUUAGUGUCCGCUUUCUUCAACCAGCAGAAGCAAUUCCACUUUGAGCAGCAUUCUAACAAUCUUGCUUCCAUUUCCAAGCCACCAGGACUAAAGGUUAUGACUAACAUGACCGGAGUGAUUGUGUCUAUGGUAAACAACCAAUAUGGAUUCCUGAAGUUUGGUAGUGGGCAGAAAGCUUUGUUCUGUGCCAAGGGAUUGUACAGAGAUGGCUGGCAAUAUACAGGAGACCCUUUGCGACUUCCAGCAAUGUACUUUGAUGCUUAUCAGGUUGGAAAGGGAUCUGGACCUGUUGAUGACAAGUGUGAUUGGUUUGCUGUCUUGGUUUGGUGUGGCAAGAAGCCUGCUCCAAAGCACUACUGUUCCAAGACUGAUUUUAACUCCACACCAAUUGGAUUUCCCAAACCUGUAACCCAGCAUUCUGAAGGAAGGAAGCUUAGGCAGCCUAGUAGCAGCAUGAUGAUUGGUCAGGUUGUAAGUAUUCGUAAGAAUGGUGCAGUCAUAUCAGUGCGCGAAGAUUCUAAGGACAAGGUUUUUGUUCCUGGCUGGAGCAAAGAGAAUAAUAAGAGGGAUGGACUAUGGUUGACUACCUUGACUGGAGACACUGUUGGUCUACAUGAUCUUGUUGCCUAUUAUGUUGACACAAAAGAGACUAUGCCUGGAUUCUCAGCGGUUGGGAAGAAUGUGAUGGUUCUCAAGGAAUAUGAGGAGUUUGCUGUUUCUAAGAAUCGAAGGAACAGAAUGUCUGUUGCAAUGAGUUCAGGCGCUAACUAUAAUCCUCGUAAUAGUGAAUCCUAUCUCUCUGAAAUGUCGGAUUCUAUGGAUGACUCAGAAUCUGAAGUUGUAAGUUUUACUAAAACUUUAAAAACAGUUUAG